ACAAUCUCCUGUCCAACAUGGAGACCAAGUACAGCGUGGCCGAGGUCUGCAAAGCCAAUGGGACAUGCCAUCCAUUAGACCCAGAUCUCCAGAAGAUCAUGGCAGAGUCCAGAGAUUAUGAUGAGCUGCUGUUUGCCUGGAAAGGAUGGAGAGACUCAGCUGGCAAAGUGCUUCGUCAGGAUUACAAGAGAUAUGUUGAACUGGCCAACAAAGCUGCCACACUGAAUGGUCAUUCUGAUAAUGGCGCUUUCUGGCGGUCCCUGUACGAAACCCCGACCUUCGAGGAAGACCUGGAGUCUCUGUGGAAGGAGCUGGAGCCGCUCUAUUUGAACGUACACGCCUACGUCCGAAGGGCUCUGUACAAAAAGUACGGUCCCAAGUACAUCAACCUAAAGGGACCCAUUCCUGCUCAUUUGCUGGGCAACAUGUGGGCACAGACGUGGUCUGGCAUUAUGGAUUUGGCUAUUCCCUACCCAGAUGCCACACAGGUUGAUGCAACGCCAUUUAUGGUGGCACAGGGCUGGACCCCCAUCAAGAUGUUUGAAGAAUCAGACAAAUUUUUCACCUCUCUGGGUCUGCUGCCAAUGCCACAAGAAUUCUGGGAAAAAUCCAUGCUGGAGAAGCCGUCUGAUGGACGCCAGGUGGUGUGCCAUGCCUCUGCAUGGGACUUCUACAACAGAAAAGACUUCAG